CGCCGGCCCCUCGUGCUCUUCUCCUGCUCCUUCGUCUCGCGCCCCUCCUCGCACCGCCGGCCCCUCGUGCUCUUCUCCUCUUCAAGCAGGUCCUGAGGUCUGAGCUACAAUGUCUACAACACCAGAGAUAUGUCAAGUAGUGUGUUCAGCAGCUGCUGCAGCUCAAGCCGAUGAGCAUUACGAUCCAUCGAAGGAUCCUGCAAGGAAGCCACGUAGGAGCAAGGACCCAGCAUGGAAAUAUUCCUUUUGGCCUGAUCUGCAGGACAAAUUGACACUCCAGUGUGUUUUGUGUGGCAAAAACAUCACUUCUGGAGUGCUAAGGAUGAAGAAGCACCUUGGUGGGGGUUACACAGAGGUGAAAAUGUGUCUAAAAGCAACCAAUGAGAUCAGGAAAGAGAUGCAUUUGUACAUGAAGACCAACUCAACCAAGUUCAAAGCCAUGCAACUUGAUGGGGAUGAAGUUGAAGCAACUGAUGGAGAUGGAGGAGAGGAGGAGGUAGGAGCAAGUUCAAGGGCGUCGAAUAGCACCGCAGCCUCCACGAAAAGGAAGGCUUCUUUUAUUGUGACGGCGCCGGUGGCGGCAAAGAGGACAAGCAAGUCAAUUGCAGAUGAGGUUAGGAAGACACCAGAGGAGGUGGUUGCUGAGAGGCAUAGAGCAGGAAGCAAGCAGUUAAAAAUCAAGCAUUAUGGAACAAAGACAAAAGAACAAAAAGAUGAAGUAGAUGGUCAUGUAGCUGACUUUCUCUAUGAGAAUUGCCUUCCACUCAAUAUUAUCAAUUCGAGAAGUUGGGAGAUCCUAUUGGAGUCUGUAGGACAGUAUGGUUCAGAUUAUAUCACACCUUCUUACCAUGAUGUGAGGGUACCAUUACUUGAGAAGGCAAAGCUCAAGACUGACACUUUGAAGGCCAAGCAUCAAAAGGCGUGGAAGGAGUAUGGUUGCACUCUCAUGUCCGACGGUUGGACGGACAUGAGUGGGCGACACUUGAUCAAUUUUCUCGCCAAUAGUCCUGAAGGUACAUUCUUCUUAGGGACAGCCAAUGUUUCUUCUGAGUCUGUUACUGCUGAAUUGGUAGCAAAAUUAUUGAGUGAACAGAUUGAGGCAAUUGGACCUGAAUUGGUAAUCCAGGUCGUUAGCGACAAUGGCUCCAACUACAAGGCAGCCGGGAGACUUCUAAUGGAUAAGUAUCCAUCUUUGUAUUGGACACCUUGUGCUGCUCACUGUUUGGAUCUUAUGCUAGAGGACAUUGGGAAGAUAAGAGAGUUCAGUGAUUGCAUUGCUAAAGCAAAGAAAACAACCAGAUUUAUUUAUGCCCAUGGUAGGAUUCUUGAUCAAAUGAGAACCUUGAAUGGCAAGAGAGAUCUUGUAAGGCCUGGAGCAACUCGUUUUGCAACCUCCUUCCUCACAUUGGCCAGCAUGUGGAAACAACGCCAACAUUUGAAAGCACUAUUUGUUAGCACAGAAUGGCAUGCAAACAAGUUGAAGCUCACCCCACCAGGGAAGAUGGCUGAAAAUACCGUGCUCUCUGUGACGUUUUGGCAAUCGGUGGAGAACUGCAUGAGAGCUUCACAACCCAUUCUUGUUGCUUUGAGGAUUGUUGAUGGUGAUGACAGUCCAGCAAUGCCCGAAAUUUGGGCAGCCAUGGAUGUUGCGAAGACACACAUAAAGGAUGCAUUGUCACAAAGGCCAGGCCUACAAAGUCAAGUGCUAGCAAUUGUUGACAAGAGGUGGGAUCACCAGAUGGAGCAAAAGCUACAUGGGGCUGCAAUGUUUUUGAACCCCAGCAAGUUCUUUCAAAUGAAGGAGACUAACAAAAGACUAGCUGCACGGCUGCGUUCAAUGUUCAAUGAUGUGCUAUGGAAGAUGGUGCCGGAUGAUGAACUACAAUCCAAGAUAAGUAAAUUGGCUGAUGAUUAUGAGCUCGCGGAGGGUGAAUGUUUCACCAAGCAAAUGGCAAUUAAAGACCGCGAGAAAAAGAGUCCUCUACUUUGGUGGAAUGCAUAUGGUGGCCUUGCUUAUGACCUCCAAUCUUUUGCAAAACGAAUCAUUAGUCUAUGUUGUUCAUCGUCUGGCUGUGAGCGCAAUUGGAGUGCAUUUUCUCAUAUCCAUACCAAAGGAAGAAACCGUUUGGAGUAUAAGAGAUUGAACAAGCUAGCAUAUGUCUCAUACAACCGGCAAAUGACAACUAGGUUUGAAAAGUUACGCGAGCAAGGUUCCAAAGGAAAGAGGGCUAAUGCACUUAUCCUAGAAGAAUUUCAAUGGGAUAAUGAAUGGGUUGAUGUUACUGCUGAAUUGGUUCAUCAAAAUGACGCUAUGGACGAUGACAAUCCACUACUUUGGUCCCAUGUUGAUGAGGCCGUUGGCGCGACCGAUGGUCUAAGUGGACGCCAUCUUCCAAGGAGGGCUCGUGGUGAUUUCAGUGAGUCUAGUCCUCCCGCUGGCUCUAAUAUCUUUUACACUCAAAGGACAAGUGUGGUUGUCCAUGAUGAAGACUUGCGGGCUGAAUUGGAAGCUGAAGAUAUUGAUAGUGACAUGGACACCAAUGGUGAAGACAAUGAUGGCCCUACACGAGCUAUUGAUAUAGACCCUGAUUUUCAGCUGGAUCUAGAUCUAGAUUGAUUUGAGGGCUAAGGCUACAAGAUUUCUUUUGCUGGACUGGACUUGUUGCUUGUGGUGUUGUUGAACCUUUUUUUGUAAUUCAGACUUUGAUGUUGGACUACUUGUUGAACCUUAUGUUCGUCUUGUCAAGUUGUCACACUAAGGUGUUCUCCUAUGGAUUAUGGAGUUCUGAACUUGUUUUUUAUGCUAGUGUUGCUGUGCUGGACUGUUGUUUGAUAGUGCAUAUUUGAUUGGUUU